AUGGAUAAAUUACUGUUUUUGGUGACACUUUGCUGUUUAGUGGGAUUUAUACGCUGCAAUUUAACCAGUUCAAAUAUUGAACGGGGAUACGUAUUUACAAUACCUAACAGGCUUUUAGCUGGUGAAACUGUAAGUGGAUGCCUGUCUUUGCACAAUUUAGAGCCUCCAGCGCAUGUUCUUCUGGAACUAUUAUCUCAGCCAUCAGAACAGGGUGUAUUGUCUAGUACUGACACCGUCUUAACGACAGGUAUAGAAACAUGUUUGGAACUGAUGAUACCGACGCCACAAGACACAACCGUCUUUCUUCGACUGACGAUUAAAUUCGAGAAACAUCCCGAAUAUGUAGUGAAUGUAAUGAAAAUGAUGGAAAUUCAGCAGAAUUCUCUGAUCACUUUUGUGGAAACUGAUAAACCAAUUUAUAAACCUGGUCAAGAUGUUAAUAUUAGAAUUCUUAUGCUUAAACAUGAUUUGAAGCCUUGGAAAAAACCGAUUUCAAAAGUAUGGAUUGAAACUCCGGCGGAAGUGAGAGUGGCACAAUGGUCAAACGUGAGCACGGAGAACGGGAUGGUACAGUUGGCAUUUCCUUUGUCGUCAGAACCACGCUGGGGAAUGUGGAAGAUUAAAGUGGAGAAAUAUUCAAACCCUCAGCUGAUUCACACUACUACAUUCGAAGUAACUAAAUACGUUCUACCAAGAUUCCAAAUAUCAAUAACUUCCCCGAAAUAUGUACUUGCGGAUGCAGAGAACGUUACAUGGAACAUCUGUGUCAAAUAUAGCUACAAUAAACCCGUAAAAGGUACUCUGCUGUUAAAAUUAACACCGGACAUACCUCAUUGGCGAAUAACGUAUAACGUUACCGAAAUACGUUACAAAACGGAAAUGGAUUCACCAGACGGAUGUACAAAAUUUGCACUUUCUGGAUCGAUUCUUAAUUUGCCACGAUGGAGCGUAGACCCGGAAAACAUUAUUCUACUAGCGAAUUUCACAGAAGCCGGUACCGGAGUAGUAGAAACUAUGAUCAAUUGGACGCCAGUGAAGCACGAGGCCUUAAAAAUCGAAUUCGCCCAAUACAUGCCUAAAUACUUUAAGCUGGAUUUACCUUACCAUGGAAAGUUACGAGUUCUGCGACAAGACAAUACCCCAGCUCCGACCGAAAAGAUUCAGCUUUGCUUAAAAGUCCGUAGAAAACACAGAUUGUACCAUGACGUGGUCGAAUGCCGUGAUUUUACAUCGUCCGCCGAUGGUUUCAUUGAUUUCAUUGUACCACCUCAACACAAGAACGUCAUUUUGUUAAGUUUCGUUGCCACCGCCGUUGAUUAUUCAAUGAAAUAUUAUGCGCCCGAGAAUCGAUGGAAAGUAUUUAUGAAUCAACCUUCGGCGCAUAUCAACGUGAAUCCAUGGUACUCCCCAUCUGAUAGUUACUUGGCUGUGGCAAGAGGAAGUCAGCCCAUCGUAUGUGGAGAAAAAUAUUCCUUCAACGUCAUGUAUACGAUACCCCCGGACACGGAAGUCAACGAAUCCAUUUUAUUCCAUUAUUCUAUCAAUUCGAAAGGCGAUAUCUUGAUAUAUGGACACGUGAAGCACAAGCCCGGUCGUGAUACCAUAUUAAACUACUCUGAGUUUCGCAAUUUAUUGGGUAGCCUUGAAUCUUCGGAAAAUAAAACCGAUCAAGAUCCCAUUGUACACAGAUUCCCAUUAAGCGUGAAAGUAACAUCAAGCAUGGCACCAAUAUCCGAACUGUUACUCUAUUACGUGCGAUCUGAUGGUGAAAUCGUGGCUACGACAUACACGAUCGAGGUUGGUCAUUGUUUCGAGAACAAGGUGAAAACUGCGUGGCACACCGACGUUCAAACACCAGGAUCAACGACUCAGUACCACAUGGAAGCAGCACCAUGGUCACUGUGUGCGAUUUCGGCUAUCGACAAAUCGACACUUUUCUUGGGUGGAUUGAAAUCCAACUUGAUUAAUGCCGCUCAGACAUUCGAACGAUUGAAAAUGUAUCAUCCAACCUCGGAUCUUCGUGAGAACUGGAUGCAGACUAAUUGCAAAAUGUCGGCACCUAAUGAAGAGUUCGCUCAUCUGCCACAUCCUGCGGUACAACGGGGUCUAGGAUGGCUUCGAAAAAGGCGUUCGAAUACUUACCACAGAUCGGUUGAUUAUGUUAAUGCCAUGCAAGCCUUCAAUGAUUUCGGAGUGGUUGUGAUGAGCAAUCUCGUACAAAAAGCACGACCUUGUUCAGUAGGAUUCUCAGAACAGUUGUAUGUAUCCAACAGUAUGAGGAUGAUGACAAUGGAUAGAACUGUGAUCGAUUCCGCGGUUGCGGCUGCAGCAAUGGAUCCAGGGGUAGAAUACGUUGACGAAAGUUUCGAUCAGACGCCCACUCUUAGAUCAUAUUUUCCUGAAACAUGGUUAUGGGAAUUAGUGCCUACUGGGAAAGAAGGUAAAGUGACGAUAGAACGUACACUCCCAGACACGAUCACCGAUUGGGUCAGUUACACAGCGUGCAUAUCACCGAUCCAUGGGCUGGGAAUAGCACCACCAACUACCAUAACAGCAUUUCAGUCGUUCUUCCUCGACUAUAGUUUGCCGUACAGUGUGAAACGUGGAGAAAUGUUUCGUAUGAAAGUCUCUCUCUUCAAUUACAUGCAGCAUAGCUUACCUGUGAAGAUCAAGCUGGAAAAUAUAUCAGGGGUAGAUUUGCAUUUGUCGCACCCGACAGCAUCGUUUUGCGUGAAACCAAGGGACAGUGUUGUCCACGAAUACGUGCUAAGACCACGAGUUAUUGGGGAAGUUAACAUAACAGUUUCCGCUUCCGUAGACACUGACUAUUUUGAUCCCUGUGGACCUCAAACUUUGGUAUUUACACGGGACACAAUUGUGAAACCAAUUCUAAUUCUGCCUGAAGGUUUCCCAGUGGAAGAAACGAAAACGAUGUUAGUUUGUCCGACGGACUUCAAUGAUGAUUCCACAUUCAUGUGGGAAGUGAGGUUCCCCGAGGAUGUGGUACCUGACAGUGGGAGAGCGUAUGUAACAUUGGUAGGGGACGUUUUAGGACCGGCACUCGAGAAUCUGGAUAAACUCGUGAGGGUACCAACGGGCUGUGGUGAACAAACUAUGCUUCUGUUCGUACCAAAUUUUCACGUGUUACGAUAUCUGGAUGUUCUUGAAAUCAAAGUUCCUGCGCUACGGGAGAGAGCGAUCAAAAAUAUGGAAGAAGGAUAUCAAAAAGAGCUAACCUUUAGAAAACCGGAUGGCUCGUAUUCGUCGUUCUCUACCAGUGCAAGUUCCAUAUGGUUAACCGCAUUCGUGUUGAAGUCCUUUGCUCAGGCUCGAAGCUACAUCCACAUCGACGAGCGUGAUCUUGAGAUGACCGCGAAUUGGAUUGUGAGAAAACAAUUGGAGAACGGUUGCUUCCCUAUUAUAGGCACGGUUUUUCACAAACAGAUGAAGGGUGCACUUCAAGAUGAUGGUUCAUCAGCAGCAUUAACAGCCUACAUUGUGAUAUCUUUGCUCAAAUCUCGAGUUCCAUUGCCAGCGUCUCUUAUCAGUAACAGCUUCCGCUGUCUGGAAAAAAUAAUGGAUAAUAGCAACGACGAUCUUUACACUACGAUUCUCACCACCUAUGCAGUAGCACUGUCGGAACAUCCAUUUGCUAAUGCCAGCGUGCAGACGCUGAUGGACCUCGCCACUCGUUACAAUGGUUUGAUUUGGUGGGAGGACAAAACAAAGCCGUCGAUGAGCCUGAGCAUCGAAAUGACAUCUUACGUGAUUCUCACGUUAGUCAAGUUAGGCGGAACUGAGAAUCUGCUUGAAGCUUUGAAGGCUGUACGUUGGUUAUCGAAACAAAGAAACGCCAAGGGUGGAUUCAUAUCCACGCAGGACACGAUUCUCGGUUUAGAGGCACUUGCCGAAUAUGCUAUGACUAUAAGCACUAAAAAUACUGAUUUAUCCGUUCUGGUGACCGCUAAGGAAAUAGACGUUGUGCACAGAUUGUACAAUGAAAAUCGUAUGCUUCUCAAACAAAUUCAUCUACCCGUUUUACCUACGAUCGUUGAAGUCUUUGCUGAGGGCAAGGGUUGUAUUUUAGUCCAGACUAAUAUUAGGUACAACGUUCCACAUACAACCGGUUCAGAUGCUUUCGAUCUCACGGUGGCUGCCAGUUCUGAUGCCUAUGCAAACGAGUGUUCCAUACAGGAUAUUACAAUUUGUGCACGAUAUAAAUUAGCAGACGGGGAAAGCAACAUGGCCUUACUCGAAAUUGGAAUGAUCAGUGGUUAUGUACCUGAUCGAGAGAGCUUGCAGUCGUUGUUACAACCAACAUCAAGAGUGAAACGUUUCGAGGAGGAUAACGAUAUGGUUUCUAUUUACUUUGAUAAAUUGACUAGUCAAAAGAAUUGCAUCUCCUUCAAGAUAAUAAGGGAGAACGUCGUCGAUCGUCUUGAGCCAGCUAAUGUCAAGCUUUACGAUUACUAUCAACAAGAGCUUAUGGUGUCCAGCAGCUAUAAAAUCGCUUCGAUGUGUGGCAGUGCGGAACCAAUUGAUGAAAAACCGGCAAAAAAUUUAACAUUCCAAUUAAGCGCGAUGAGAUUACCAACAAAAGAUGUAUUAAAUUCUUCUUUCGUUGUUAUGAAACACGAACUGGAUGUUCCCGAAGGAAUGGAAGGACCAGUACCGGUUUACGUGAAACCGAAUACGAUUGAUUAUAAAAUGGAGACUACUAUAGCUACCAAUGGGGUGCCUGAAUUGACGCCAACACUUGGAACCGAAGAUCAAACUGUGCAAUGGGGAGAACAGGAACCUGUACAGGAGGAAUUUGACAGUCAGAUAAAGAAUACCACGGACAUCGAGACGGACGUUUGGUCGCCAACGGGAGCGGAACAGUUUUGUCCUAUAUGCAUGGACAAGAUUCCGUCAGACAUCAGGAAUAUUUAUUGUUCGGCAAGUAGCGUGGUUAAAGUGGCUAUUAGACGACUGCGUAAAGCAAGAAUGUUGUUGGAUCUUCAUGCAUCCCGUGAGGUUCAACGGCUUCGUGCCACAGUCGAGUUCACUUUAAGCUCGAAUUGUUCCUGUUCACCAUUAGAUACUCCCGGAAGUCUAGCGUUAAUCAUAAACAAGGAUAACGACUUUCUCGCAUCCGGGGAUCACAAACAGACACUGAACGACUCGUUUUACAUAUACGGAUUGCCCCCAAUUAGCGGUGUGCCCUGUACAGUGGCAGAGGCACGAUCUACCUGUUCGAAUGAAGAAAAGGUUCAAUGCACAUAGGUAUUAGGAUCUCCCGGUCUAUGGUUGAACUGAUCGGAUCUUGCGACCUUUAACCCUUUCGGUAACAAGUGUCAACCGGCAUGACUGAUGACUAUAAUUACCUAUAUUCAAAUUAAAUAUGUAUUUCUACUGAACAAUUUUUUUUUUAUUACACACUGAAUGCAGAAGACACUACAAAUUUCUCAAUUUCUUAAAGUAGUAAACGAAAAGUUUAGAUUGGAAAAUAAAUAAUUACAAUUUGUAAUUAUAAAUAACUCACCAUACCGAAGGGAUUAAACUUCACAAAAUCAUGAAUAGAUUGGCAAGCGAUGAGCAGCGGCUGAUGUACCAUUCUUGCAUUCUCGCCUGAAACGAUUGAAAUUCUUUUUUUAAUGAAAAUAAAUUGCUCCGAUACAGAUUCUCUGCUUGCAGAGAUCAAUUCAUUAAACCAUUACUAAAAAAAAAGUACUCAUUGCUUACCAAUUUACUCGCAAACAUUCGAAACCAAACACUUGGAUUUGCGAACGAAUGUUUACAGCGAUAAGAGAGUGUGAUCAAAUUUUCUCAAAACUUUGAUGGAAAAUUGACCUCGCUCCUGUGUGUGUUCGUGUGUGAGAAUAUAUAUGUAUGUAUGUGUGGGUGAAUAUCACGAUAUUUUUCGUCUAACUUCGCCGCGAGGUAUAUACAUAAUUCCUCUGUUUCUUUAUCUACAAGUAUGUCAAUCAGUUUAUUGUGAAUAAUCAUAGAAUAAGCCAACGCGUGUGUAGCGCACAUAAGAACAUAUGUAAUUUCUCAUCAACGUCGCUAUAGUUAUUAAGGAAUGAUUUCUCUCUGUUUUUUUAAUUAAUUAAUCGAUUGAACUAUGAAUAAAGCUUUCGACGUAUUAAA